AUGGCAUCCGCAGCAGUACAGCAGCCUACCGGGCACUCGACUUCUUUCGAGCCUUUGACAACCCAACUGAAGGGCUCUUCGGGCCCUCAACCAGAGAAGCAUCAUGUCCAUACCCAGCUGAACUAUUACAAGGACCCAGGCGACGGAAGUGCUCCACCUCCGAGUUAUGUGAACAAGCCCGAGACGUAUGAACGGCCAUACGAGCCUCUUGACGUGUCCGUCCAUGACAUUCGAGGCGAAGAGAAGAACUACAGUCUCGACCAGAACGGGUUCGAGAUUUACCGUCAUGCAAGUGUCGAGAAGGACUUUGUCGACGACGAUCAGAUCAAGGCUCAAUAUUACCCAGAGACCGAGCAACUAUUGAAGGACGCGACCGGUGCUUCACGCAUCUUCAUCUUCGACCACACCGUCCGCCGAGCGCCCAAGGACCAGCGAGGGCCGACUCCUGCCGUCAACCUCCGGGGGCCUGUGAAUCGCGUGCACAUCGACCAGAGCUACAGCGCGGCCAAAUCUCGAGUCCCGCACCACCUCCCUGCCGAGGCAGAGAAACUGCUUACGACCCGGUAUCAGAUCAUCAACGUCUGGAGACCGAUCAAGCCGAUCCUGAAAGACCCGCUCGCCGUCGCGGACGCACACUCAGUCCCAGACUCGGACCUUGUUGGUGUUGGGCUGAUCUACCCCGACCGUCGCGGGGAGACGUACACGGUACGGCCCAACCCUGAGCACAAGUGGUACUACCUCUACGGCCAGACGCCCGAGGAGGUGCUCUUGAUCAAGUGUUUCGACUCGAAGUUGGAUGGCCGGGCGCGAAGAGUGCCGCACACCGCAUUUGUGAAUCCCGACACCGUCGACGAGUACCCGCGGGAGAGUAUUGAGGUCCGAGCCUUGGUCUUCCACGAGGAUCAGCCUGCCGCAUAG